UGUUUAUAUCUUUAAUGCAUUUUAAUCAAGAUGUAUUCAGUAUCUUGGAAAUGCCUCGUGUCAUGUAAUAUAACUUUCUUGAAUACUCUUCUUUAAUUAUGUAUCUUUUGUUUAAUAAUGUUAAAUCUGUAACAUGAACUUAUGAUAUUCGAGUAACUUUUGCAUUUUCAUACUUUGUUGUUUUUAUAUUUCCAAACUCCCUUAAUUCGGAAUCAAUGUUGGUUUUUUGUUACUAUAUAAUAACUGCAAUGGUUGAAAGUAGCGCAAGCUUGCACUGGUGAAAUGCUUGUCGGGCUUGCUGAAAUUCUCGAUUUAUAUAGCAUGGCUUGUUAUUUUUAAUUGAUGCCAAGCACUUGUGUAAGAGUCAAAGCUUAUUCAUCCAAUGUUGAUAUUUCAACCACUGUUCCUUAUACAACAUGAUUGUGUAGUAUUCACAUGUUGGUAUACUGAUUGUAAUUCAGCGGAGAAAGAGUUAACCAUUCAUAGGUGUUCUCAAGGUAAGACAAUGCCAGCUAUGAAAAUGGCACCCAACCAUGAGACCUUUCUGUUGUCAGCAGCAACGGAUGAGGAACGGCAAGACUGGAUCAGGGCCAUACGUAAAGUCAUGUUUGCACACAAAGGGGGAGCAAUAUUUGGGAACAGUUUGGCAGAGACAAUGGAGUUUGAGCGAACAAGAAGUGAUCGUAAGGUGCCAUACAUCGUAGAAUCAUGUAUAGAGUUCCUUACUAAAUAUGGUCUGGAGAUAGAAGGCAUCUUCAGACUCCCAGGAAGAAUGCUACUGGUCAGAGACCUGAAAGACCGAUUUGACGAGGGUGAAACUUUCGACCUUGAAGAGGAAGAUGCUGAUAUCCAUUCUGUAGCCUCAUUGAUAAAACAGUACUUCAGAGAGCUUCCAGAGUGCCUUAUUCCAUACAACAAAUACCAGGAGUUUAUGAACAUUGCAAUGCGUUACCAGGGUAACAAGGCUAAGAAUACGCGAAACGAGGAAGUUGAGUUACUGCGUACACUAAUGACUGACAUUCCGCGUGAUAAUUACAAUUGCUUGAAAUAUUUGUGCGCAUUUUUGCACAGAGUAGCUGAUAAUACAUCUAUUAAUAAAAUGACUGUGCAAAAUCUUGCUAGAGUGUUUGGGCCAAAUAUCAUUCGUCAUCCGCAAAUGGAUGAUAACCCAGAAGUGUUCAUGUUGACUACGGCCGAUAUAUCGGAACAACUUGCCUACAUGAUGAUUAACUAUGACGACAAAAUAUUUUCAGUAGAGUUCGAUGAUGGGAGGAAAUCAGUGAAUGUAGCUGUAGACGAUUUGCUUAGAUUAGAUGAAAACGAGGAAGUAGAAAAACUCAAGCUCGUUCAGCCCAUGUCAGCAAUGGACGAUUUGUCGUCCAUUAUCAUUGACCAGAAAGGUGAUCGACAAGGGAGAUCAUUCUGCACCGAUACUAACCUGCUUCAGCAGUUUCAAAGCACCAAUUUAGAGGACCAAAGUGAAAGCCAACAAGAGGGUGUGUUAGACCCUUCAAGACAAAGCGAAGACCCUGUAAAGGUCCCGAGACCAGCUCCUAGGUCAGUUUAUGUUGAUGAACGUAAGCCUAUACCUCCACUGCGAAAAAAGUACAUGAGAAAUCACUCCAGUGUAGGCCAUACUACAAGUAACGACUCGAUAAGCUCUGAAUUGAGUAACUCUUCGAAUUCCUUAGAUGGCUCUACAAAUGAUGUUUGCCAUAGAAACUCCAUGCGAAGUUCAUCAAGAAAUUCUGACAGUGAACCAAAUACAUUAGUGCUUGAACUUCAGCAAAAACUUGACACUCUCACUGCUGAGAAUAACACAUUGAAAGCAAAGUAUGACAAUCUAAAUGCCUCAAAGGCAAAAUCUGAUGCAAGGGUGAAAAAUCUUAGUGACGAAAUGAGAAAAAUUCAAAACAGAUAUGACGAACAUAUUACAAAUUUAGAAAACAGGCAUAAAGCUCAAGUAAAUGAACUAUGUGUUAAGCUAGAUGAGGAGAAAUCUAGCAGAGCAGAAGCUGUGCAGAAGGUUUUAGAGCUCCAGAAAACAAUUCAGACUUACCAGAUGCAGUAUGGGGACAUUAAAGACAAGUUACCUCCCUUGUACCCAGAAAAGAGUUAGCUCCCUUUGAUAUGAUUGUGACAUGACAAUAUUUGGUACAGGCAUGUUAUUUUUAGCUUAAAGCUGUUAAAGAAAUAAAAUUCAGGUUAUUGUCAUUGCCUAGGUGUUGUUGCUGGUGUCAUCAUUGGUGUUGUUGUCAUUGUAGUGCAAACACUUUGAACUUGGCCAUAACUCAAAAACCUUUCAAAUGAAACUUGGUACACAUGUUGCCAGAUAUAAUUCACAGAUGAAUAGCAGGGCCAAUAAUUCUUACUCUAAUAAUUGUCUACAUGUACAUGUACAUGUAUGACCCUCUUGCUUGAUAAAAAACAACAACAACAAAACAAAGGAGCGUUGGCUUUCUCUCAACGGCACUCAUUAUGUAUUUGAAAUUGACAAAUUUUAUCGAUUCUAGGAUAAAAUAUCAGACGAAAUACUCAAAUAAUUCUAUGGUUAUAAAAAUGAAAAGAACAAAAUAUGAAAAUAUUGUGUCAUACAUUUAACAAUGAAAUAGAUACUUAUUUCUUUGGAAAAAAUGGCAACAAAGGUGUUAAAGCACCAUAAUCCUCCUUGGAGUUUGAAUCCCUCAUGCUCAACCUAUUUAGGAUUGGUAUUUUCUGUCUUUUUUCCACUAUGACUAUGCAAAGAAAGAAAUAUGAUUUGUAUUGGAUAUUGUAGUUAAUUAUACUGAAUGAAAAUGUUUCUGUAAAAUAUCUUCCAAUACUAAUUUUUGUUUUCCGUUUUAGUUCUUUUCUCCACUAAAAUUUAAGAGCAUAAAACAUUUGUUUCAUGAAAAUUUAUUUGUAUGCUGAAUAAAUGUAAUACUAAUGUUAUUUUACAUCAUUUUUGUAUAUAAGUAUUAACAGCCUUAAAUAUAAUAAUAUUUAAUAAUAUAUUCUAAUUUGAAUCUUAUGUACAGUACUGGUAUAUGUAUCAAAAACUGGUUAUAUAAUGGUGUUUUAUAUUCAAAUACUGCUUGUAUACUGAUUCAAAUGCAAUGGUGCUUAAUUAUUUAAAAAAAUGAGCUAUAUGAUAAUUACACAAAAUGCUGUUUAACUUGUGAAUGUAUGUCCCUGUUAUUGGCUCAAAUACAUAGUUGUGAACAUGGUUUAUAGUUAUGAUGUUAUAUGUAUGUUGUGUUAUUUUUAGUUUGUUUGUUUUUCGAGAAAAAAAUUGUUGAGGUAUUGUUAUAGCCUUCAAUUAGCUGUCACCAUCAGAGUGUAAAAACUUUAACUUUGACGGUAACUCGAAAACUGUCCAACAUAUUUAAAUGAAACUUGGUGCACAUAUUUCCAGAGACAAUAGGCACAUGUACAGCAAUGCCUGUAACUUUGGCUUUAACAUUUGUUGAGUUAAAUCUAUGUUCCUUUUUUGAGGAAAAUAACACAAACAAUUAUUUGCAACGCUUUGUUGCGCUCUUGUUAAGCAUAUAGUUUUUUUGUACAAUUAUUUUAUGUUUCAGCUCUUGGUUUACUUGAUAGAUCAUUGUUUUCUUCCCUUAGCUGCUUAUGAACAAAAUGUUGAUGAAACUUUCUGAAAACUUUGGUUGUGUUGAAUGAUUGUAAAUUUAGUUAUUUUGAUUUAAUUUCAAUUUUUAAGUACAACUUUUCUUGCUGUGAUGUAUUUUGAGUGCCUUGUGAUGCAGUGGCUAUCUAGUUUUAGCUUUUCACUUUUCACAGACAAAAGUUGAGCAAUUGUCUUUGCCUUGGUGGCAUUGUUAACGUAUGAGUACAAAUGAAGGUCCGAAACUUCAUACAUUGUCACCAAUGACAAUACACAUAUUUGCCAAGACUAAUAAUUCUUGCCUUGAUAGUAAGAGUAUUAUUAUAUGCUUACUGUGAUUUUUUUCUAGUAUUACAGUAAAUUGGGAACUUUUUGGGAACAUGCACCCAACGAAAUGUUAAUAACAAGCCAUGUUAUAUUCAUAACUGUAUUGAUAAUCAAUUCACUUAAAUUGAAAAUGGAGACACCAAAUCAAAAUUUCUAGAAUCUUCAAAGCGAAUAUAACUUCAUGUAUGUAAGAGUAUAGAAAAAAGGCUAGACUUAGAUAAUGCUUAAGUUAUCCACUUGUAUAGGGGUUCACCUCUUAUAAUAAUCUAGCAACAAGAUAGAAAUUCUUAAUUACAGUAAGAUACUUUACUAGGGGGAUGGAUUGCAAUUCCAGGGUAUUUUUCCCCCAGCAGGGGUAUGGCAUGUAUGCUUUUGAUAAAUUAAAUCCCAAAAGUUGCAUUUUUUCUUGCCUGUGUUCAUAGCAAACCAUAUAGUGUGAUUAAAUUGAGAUUAUUUUACACUAGUGUUCCAAUUUAUCUACUUUAAUUAUUUGAAGUGUUCAUCAUGUGGCAUUUUAAAGUUAUUAGUAAAUUAUUCACCUUGGCACAAUUUAUGGGUAGGAACUUUGUUUGAAAACAGCUUAUUUUCUUUUAAAGCUGCACUCUCACAGAUUGAAUGUUUUGACAACUUUUUUUAUUUUUUGUCUUGGAACAAGCCAAUUUUUGCGAAAAUCCAUUGAAACCAGUUAUAUAAGACUGCUGACAAAAAAUUAUAUCGCAGAUUUUUUUAUAUUUGAGUUCAAAAAUUAAUGUUUUAUGCAUUUGUCUUAAACUGUUAGUAAUAGUUUAAGCCAUAAAACAUAACUUUUCGAACGGAAAUAUGAAAAUCUGCAAACUGAUCUUUUGUCAGCAGUCUUACAUCAUUGGUUUGCAGAUAUUUAUGCAAAAAUUUGCUUUUUCCAAGACAAAAAAAAAAGUUGUAAAAAUGGAAUGUCAGUUGCUGUCUGGUGUUAGUUCAUAAAAGUAAUUGAAAUAACUUUAUUCAAAAAUGCUACUAACAUACAAUUUGUUAGAAUACAAAGUAGAUUGAUUACUAGUAAUUUUGCAAGAGUUUAAUUUUCACAAUUCUUUUUCAUAUCAGUCAAGGUGUGAGUUUCAAAUGAUUAAAUAAUGACAAAGUCUAAACUGUGCAGAAUUGGCAAAUAACUUUAAAUUUACUUAAUUGUAUGUACAGAAAAUCUGAAGGUAAUUUAUGUAAUAGUUAUUGUUUAUUUUUUAUCUGCACCAGGCAAAUACUGAAUAAACGGUUAUGUAAACCUAAUUAUUUAUAACUGUCUCAUUGUUGCCGCUAAUGCCUCUAUACUAGCAUGUCUACAUGUGUUAACCUUUGAAUAAGACGAAUAACACAUACCAGUAAUCGCUUUAACAAAUGUUAUUGUUGCAAACCAGUAUUUACUAUUCGAAUACAUUCCAAAAAUAUACUGUUUCCUCAUUCUAAAAAUUUGUGAAUUUUGUACAAUGCACUAUUAUUAUACACAUGUAAACAUUUAGCAUACAAGUCAACUUCUUGAGAGAGUUUUCUUUGUUAUAUGUGUAUGCAUUCAAUAACAGUUUUAAGUAGAGCCCUUUCUGUGCAAUUAUUAGCGUGUGGAUAAAUUACAUAAAUAUUCCUAUAUAUACAUGCUAUAUAUUGCACAGUACCUUAUAAUACAGUUACUUCACCCACUUCCUUCGUAGUUGAAAUUAUACAUAGUUUGUGCUUCGCAUUCCUGGUGUAGAAUUUCAGUACCUUGGGUAGUGGUAAUUAAGAAUUACUUAUGCCUGUAUACUGGUUAAGGGACCACUUUCACUGGUAAAUAGAGGUAAAAAAAAUUAAUAACUCGAGAAAUACUAAAUGUGUUCGAAUGAAUUUUGCAAUAAAAAAGUUACGCUCCUGAUCUGAAAAUCAGUGUGAUAAGAUUUAUAAUGUAUGCUUAUUUAAAGAACGGAGUCAUUUGCCAGUCAUACUCAGAAAAUCCACUGAAAUGACAGUGCACUGUACCAAUAAUUGACCCACUUCAGAAAACUGUUAUUUUUAAAUAAAAAUUUAAUAAAUGUGUUCGACUAAUAACAAAUUAUUUUAUUAAUUUCUAUUCUCUAUCAAUCUGAACAUGUUGCUCUGUUAAAAGUGUUUUGAGUUAAGAUAUUAUCCAUUUUGUUAAGAGGUAAAAAAUCGCUAAUCGCCCACUGGAAGAAAUGUGGCUCAACUUGGUGCAAUUUAAAAAUUGAUAAUUAAAUGCUUACUUUCAGAGAAAAAAAUGUUUUUCUUGUUAACAACUUCAUUUGAUUAAUGAAAAUGUUAAACAUGGGAUUUACAGGGUGGGCGAUUAACUGGUAUGUGCGAACAAGUAGUCCCUAACCAGUCCCUAUAACUCCCAAUAUACAGUAUUGAGUUAUAAAUUUUCCAACCACAAACUAUUAACAUUAUAUUAUCUCUAUUUCUCCUAAUUUACCUAUUCUUUUUUCAUUAAUCUGUGUUUAACAUUGUUCAUGUUAACUAUUUCAAACAAUUGGUUAUUAUGUUGUUGCUUUUUAUAUUCAUAUUUUAAAAAAUGUUAAAGUUAACUAGUUUUGUAUGAUAAAUAAUAAAUCUAUGAUA